CUCCAAGGAUGACAUGGAAAAUUAUGUUUCCAUCUAUCUUAGGCACAUGAGUGAUUCCGGAAGGGUACGCGCCACCUUCAUCGCCUUGAUAAAGGAUAGAGAUGACAAGCCAUCAGAAAUACGAGUGAAAACUUACCUUCAUGAGUUCACAAUCAUGGGCGCCCCUGACUACCUCGAUGAGUGGGGAUGGAAUCGGUUUGUGGCAAGAAAGGACCUGGAGGAAACCUAUGUUAUUGAUGGGCACGUCACGUUCGUAUGCACCAUCAUGGUCACGCGUGAUACUACCCCUGUCACCGUGCCGCCAUCCGACAUCAAGAACCAUCUCGGCUCCUUACUGGAUCAGGCAUAUGGGACAGACGUGUCGUUUACCGUCCACGGCGAGACAUUCCCCGUGAACCGAGCUAUUCUUGCAGCCCGCUCACCUGUCUUCAAGGCAGAGCUUUUUGGGUCCAUGGCCGAAGCUACAAUGGCAUCCAUCACACUGCACGAUAUCACACCUUCAAUAUUCAAACGUAUGCUUCGGUUCAUAUACACAGAUGAGUUUCCUACUACAGAGGAUAACCCGUCCAAUGAGGUAUUAUUUGAUUUACUUGCCGCUGCAGAUCGGUACGCACUAGACCGGCUAAAGCUUAUGUGUGCCAAAAAGUUAUGGGAUAAUGUGUCAAUGGAUACAGUUACGGAUAUUCAAGCUUGCGCUGACAUGUACAAUUGCCUCGAGUUGAAGGACAAGUGCAUUGACUUUAUUGCAAAAGAGAAAAAAAACAAAGAAGUCUCUUUUUUCAAAAACGAUUCGAAGAAGCCCACGACUUCAUCAGGCUAA